AUGAUUGCCCAAUCAAUAUCACUGGGUGUUCUUUCAUUGCCCUCUUCUAUGGCUACAUUGGGCUUUGUACCCGGUUGUAUCUUGAUUGUUAGCAUCGGAGCGCUAACUACAUACACGGGCUACGUUCUUGGCCAAUUCAAAAUUCGUUAUCCACAAGUCCAUAAUAUGUCUGACGCAGCAGAGAUUCUGUUCGGUCCAGUGGGCCGUGAAGUCGCCGCGGCCGCUCAACUCCUCUUCUUUAUCUUCCUGAUGGGGGCUCAUAUAUUGACAUUCUCAAUUAUGAUGAAUACGUUAACCGACCACGGGGCAUGCACUAUUAUCUUCUCCACCGCCGGAGCGAUUUUGUGCUUUAUUUUGACACUUCCUCGACGUCUACAAGAUGUUUCUUAUCUUGGUAUUAUAUGUAUGAGAGUAUUCAAAUAUUCUCUUUGGAACCCUAGUCAACGGAAACUAACUAUUUCAAUUUCGAUAGCUUCGCUUUCCAUCUUCAUCUCUGUGAUGAUUACAGUCAUUGCGAUUGGCAUUGAAGCCCCCGAUCCUGUUGCUCACGCCAUCAACCACCCAACCCUCCUAUCUGGUUUCUCGGCCACUCUGAAUAUAAUUAUAUCAUUCGCUGGCCACCUAGCAUUCUUCAGCUUCCAAUCAGAGCUUGCCGAACCAAAAGAUUUUUCAAAAGCAUUGGUCGCUCUCCAGGUUACUGAUACUUCUCUUUAUCUUGUUACCGCCGUUGUCGUCUACCGAUAUGCAGGUGACGGUGUUCAAAGUCCAGCGCUACUAAGCACCAGUCCUAUGGUUUCAAAAGUUGCAUUUGGCAUUGCUAUCGGUACGAUCGUCAUUGCGGGAGUGGUUAUUGCCCAUGUGGGAGCCAAAACGAUCUAUGUUCGCAUGUUUCGUGGCACUAAUCGAAUGAAUGAGAGAUCUCUGGUAUCAUAUGGGACCUGGGUCCUCAUCGUCUUGGUUCUUUGGGUUAUUGCUUGGGUCAUUGCGAAUGCAAUCCCUGUAUUCAAUGAUCUUCUCAAUCUCCUAGCUGCUGCUUUUGCAAGUUGGUUCUCCUUUGGAUUGGAGGGUCUUUUUUGGCUGCACAUGAACAAAGCACAGAUAACCUCCGGCCGGAAUAUCCCUCUCGCGGGUUUAAACAUACUGAUUGUGCUAAUGUGCUGCAUCAUGUGUGGAAUGGGGCUCUGGGUUUCAGGAAAAGGCAUCGCAGCUAGCGCAAAAACCGCAUCUGCAGCAUUUUCCUGUGCGGAUAACAGAUGA